UUGACAUUUAAGUGACACCGGCACGAUUUCCGCUGUCUCGAUUCCUUUACCUUUUUGACAGGCAGACGUAGAAGCAGCUCUUUUUUCGGGCCGCUAUUAAAAUCUGCUUUUUUCAAUUACAUCGCGUUUUUAAAAACAAUCCAAAAUGGUUGUGAAGAAGCCUAGGCCAAAGAAGAAGCCAGUUACCAAGAAGGUUGCUCCAGCACCCUUGGCCGUGAAGAAGCCAGUAGUAAAGAAAGUGGUGAACCAACUCUUUGAGAAGCGCCCAAAGAACUUUGGCAUUGGUCAGAAUGUGCAGCCUAAACGUGAUUUAUCUCGUUUCGUUAAAUGGCCCAAAUACAUUCGUGUUCAGCGCCAAAAAGCUGUAUUGCAAAAGCGUUUGAAGGUGCCACCACCAAUUAACCAGUUUACCCAAACUCUGGAUAAAACCACAGCAGUGAAGACAUUCAAGUUGUUGGAAAAGUACCGCCCAGAGUCGGCUUUGGCUAAAAAGCAACGCUUGAAGAAAAUUGCCGAAGCUAAAGCUAAGGGUAAAGAUGUCCAACCCAAAAAGAAGCCUUCCUUCGUGCGUUCUGGUACAAACACCGUAACUAAGUUGGUUGAACAGAAGAAGGCCCAAUUGGUUGUCAUCGCUCACGACGUUGACCCCUUGGAGUUGGUACUUUUCCUUCCUGCACUUUGCCGUAAAAUGGGUGUUCCCUAUUGCAUUGUCAAAGGCAAAGCUCGUCUUGGCUUGUUGGUGCGCCGUAAGACCUGCACUGCUUUGGCGUUGACCAAUGUGGAGGCCAACGAUAAGGCGAACUUUGCAAAGAUUCUGGAGGCCAUCAAGACUAACUACAAUGACCGCCAUGAUGAAAUCCGUAAACACUGGGGUGGUGGUGUCCUGGGCUCCAAGAGUUUGGCUCGUAUUGCUAAAUUGGAACGUGCUAAGGCGCGUGAAUUGGCACAAAAACAAGGCUAAACAGCUGAUGGGUGUAUCAGUUAAAUGUUUUUUAAUUAUGGGAUUUUGUUAAGCAUCGGGAUGUGACGGCAAAAUGAAAAAGUAAAUAAAAUAGUUUGUACUGAACUUCCAUGAA